AUGGACCAGUUUAAAAUGGCGGAGUUUGUUCGUGCUCAGAUCUUUGGCACUACUUUCGAGAUCACAAACAGAUACACUGACCUCCAACCUGUGGGAAUGGGUGCAUUUGGGCUCGUCUGUUUAAGCGAUAUUUUCAUUUCGCCACUUGAGGAUAUAUUCUUGUACGCUCUCCUACUCAUGAUCCUCAUUCUGCAAAGCAUUUAUCGAAUAGUUGCGGAAUGUGUUUUGAGAAACGCCCCACUGACACCUGCAAAGCGAGGAUUGAAAUACGUUCACUCAGCUGGAGUGGUUCAUCGGGAUCUGAAACCAAGUAACAUCCUUAUCAACGAGAAUUGCGACCUGAAGAUUUGCGAUUUUGGCCUUGCGCGUAUUCAGGACCCACAAAUGACCGGUUACGUUUCGACACGAUACUACCGUGCUCCCGAAAUUAUGCUCACAUGGCAAAAGUACGAUGUUGAGGUAGAUGUAUGGAGCGCAGGAUGCAUCUUUGCAGAGAUGCUAGAAGGCAAGCCUCUGUUUCCGGGGAAAGACCACGUGAAUCAAUUCUCGAUUAUCACGGAAUUGCUAGGCACUCCUCCAGAUGAUGUGAUCGAAACCAUCUGUAGUGUCAAUACACUGCAAUUUGUCCAGUCCCUGCCGAAGCGGGAGCGGCAGCCCCUAAGCAACAAGUUCCAGAACGCAGACCCUCUUGCCAUCGAUCUCCUCGAACGAAUGCUAGUAUUUGAUCCGAAGAAACGUAUCACAGCGGGUGAUUCUCUGGCACACGAAUACCUAGCACCAUAUCACGACCCAACUGACGAGCCUGUGGCUGACGAGAAGUUUGAUUGGUCGUUUAAUGAUGCCGACCUCCCUGUUGAUACCUGGAAGAUCAUGAUGUAUUCUGAAAUCCUCGAUUACCACAAUGUUGACCAGGUAGCACACGAUCCAAACAAUCAAGUGCCACCCGAAACGGUAGAAGGCGCCACCCAACAGGUCGUCUCUUAA